CAAAUACAAGGUUGCCAUAGAUACGUCCAUGGACGUUACAAAUAACGUCAGAACACCGUAAAGAAGAUGAUUUUAAUAUUAAUUUCAGGUUAGCCUGAAAAUUUUAGAUUUUCUACGACUAAUGAUUUUCUUGUAUUACUGAAAGAUCUCAUCAAUGGCGAGUAGAAGAAACGUUCAAAAUACUGUACAUGGUGAAAAUAGAACGUUUCAUUAUUCACACAAGCCUAAUGAUGAUGGUUCCACUGCCAGCACAGAUGUAUUUCUUGAGGCCAGCUUACAAUUUCUCCAUCAACUCUUGGCUGAAAGAUAUACACAGGAUAAUCAUCCAGACAAAGAUACUGAUUUAUUAAACGAUCAAGUUCCGAAAUACGAUCAAUGUUUAAAUUAUGUUAAAGAAUUAUUACCCAAUUUAAAAUUACAAAAUACAUCUGAAUUCUCACAGAAUGAUAGAAAUAUCGUUUAUGAUACAUUAAAUUCUAAGAGAAAUGUCUACAGCGGUUCUCUAAAAAGUACUGCUCAGGGAUACGAGAGUGAAAUAGAAUCAGCCAGCAGUUUGUCUUUAAAUUUUGUACAGAACAAAUGUCAAAAUUGUGCAAAGCAGGUACCUGUGGAAGUACAUGUAAUGAUGAACAAAGGUCAAAGUUCAGCAUCUCGUACAACUUUACUAAUAAAACUUCCCAAUGCCAUUAAGAAUUUUUUGCGCAAUAAGCCAUCCAAAAAGAGUGUACACAAACCUGACUCAGAUGUAUCUGUAAACUGCAAGGGUGAAGUUCACAAAGGAAAUCGUUUUACUAAGAGCUUCAUGAGACUACUAAAAGGAAAAAAGACAAGUGCCUCGAUGGUCUCUAUUAAAAGAACAAUGAAUAGCGAAGAAAUAUUAACACCUAGAACGACUAAAAGUAAUUUUGAAAGCACUGUGAUGAAUCACAACAAUUCUAAGAGCGACAGUAGUGUAAAACAAAAUAAAAUAAAUUGUGCUCAAAGGUCUUGUUUUUCCUUGAAACAUAUCCUGGAACCACAGGAAGCUAUAGCAUCUAAUAUCUUUCAAGAAAAAUCUUCUAUCCAGUUGCCUGUGAAUAACAAACUAAAAAAUGAAAUAUAUGUGACUAUUAAACCUAGUAUGAUGGAAACUGAUGUAACAUUAGAGACCUGUACAAUAGCUUCAGAAAAUGAAUCUCCUAUUAAUAACAGAAUUUUAAAUACCGAGUCUGAAAGUAUUAUUCCUAUACGGUAUGUCCAAGCAUCUUCUCAAAUAAGUCAAAAUGUAGACGAACAAAGUAUUCUGGAAAAAUUAGAGAGAUUUUGGAGUAUGAACAAAAAUACAAUCUCAUCACAUGACAAAAAUUAUAGUGAAAUUCCAGUUGAAAUAAAAACUGCUUCAAAUCCUUUGAUAUUAGAAAAACAGUCAAAGCAAAGCAUACUCCAAAAUAGUUGUGAGUCAUUGCUGAAACAGGAUAAAAAUGCAGAUAUCCUUUUAGACAAGGAACACCAAACUAAAGUAUUGCUAGAAAUGGCAGUCGGUACUUUGCCAAUCGGCAUAAAUACAUCUAAGAAUCUGGAGCAUUUGAAAAAAAGAAAAAUUAUGAAAGAUACUGAGAGCUUGGCACUAGAGGUAUUACUUCGACACAUAUUUAUUGAUAAUGAAAACUAUAAAGUAAAUCAACCAGUAGAAAAAGAUAUCAAAAGAGAACAGAUACUACCUAAACGUCAAUUAUCCAAAAUAAGUAUAUGCUCAUCGUCUGGAAGUCUUUCAUAUACUGAGCAUGAUAUGGAGAAACAAUUAUUGUCUGAAAAUUCUUGGCAAAUGGAUGAUUGCAACAUGGAAUGUGAAUCAAAUGUUAAAUCUGAAAAUAAUAAUUUGUUAAGCGCGUCUAAUGAUUAUCAAAGGAUUAACAACAUUGAAAUUAAUUUGCAUGAAAGCACUACAUCAUUUCAUCCACUCCUUAGUAAACAAUCCAGCCAAGAUCAACGUGAAUUGGUCAAUGCUAUGAUACGAUGGUGGGGACCACAAGUAAAUUAUACAACAUGGCCAUUAAAAAAAAGACAAACAUCCUCUAAUUCUGUUUCUACUCAGCAUUUAUCUUAAUAAAUAACCCUCAAUAACAAUUGGUAUUAUCAUUGUUAACUCCAAAAAUUGUCUAAGUAAUUAUCUACUAUCACUCCUGAUCAUCUAUCUUAACAAAUAAUCUGAAAUAACAAUUUGAACUGUUAUUGUUAA